AGACCGGUGGGGACGGGGCGGGGCGCGCAGCUUGGCCGAGCCCUGGCGCAGCGCUCGGGCAGGGGGGAGGGGGGACGGCCGAAAGGGGGGCGGUGGUCGGGUCGCGCAGGCGGAGAUGGAAUGGGGCCCGGGCUCAGACUGGUCACGGGGGGAGGCUGCCGGCGUGGAACGCGGGAAGGCGGGGCUGGGGCUCGGCGGGAGGCCACCCCCGCAGCCGCCCCGGGAUGAGCGUGCCCAGCAGCUGCUGGACGCCGUGGAGCAGAGGCAGCGGCAGCUCCUGGACACCAUCGCCGCCUGCGAGGAGAUGCUGCGGCAGCUGGGCCGCCGGCGCCCGGAGCCGCCUGCUGGCGGGAACGCGUCAGCCAAACCCGGAGCGCCCUCCCAGCCAGCUCUGUCCGCCAAAGGUGGCCUUCCGAAGGAUGCCGGUGAUGGAGCCACGGAGCCCUGACCAUCCCCAAACCGGGCACCCUGACUUCCCUCCCUCCGCGGGGCUGCCGGCAGGACCUCUUGACUCCCUCCGGUAGAGGGGCUGGUCUGCACUGGCAAUGGCUGGCCCCUGGCCCCCAGUGUGGGGUGGCAGCUCUGCUGUAGCUGAGUUCACCCCCACGUCAUCCUGGUUGGCAGCAGUGCUGCGUGUGGACAGAGCAGGAACGCCCAUCCGAGGCCCUGAUGUGGGCAGAGCAGCAGUGCCCGCC